AUGAUUGGACUCAAGGGUAAGCUCAACGUAAUAGACAACUCCGGCGCCCUCCUCGUCGAGUGCGUCAACGUGCUCAAGCAGAAGGUGAACAACGGCUGGGGCUCCAUCGGUGACGAAAUCGUCUGUGUCGUCAAGCGCGCCCGACCCAUUGGCGCCGCAGCGGCUGCCUCCGCCACCGCCGUCAAAGUGCGCCGAGGAGACGUCCGACGCGCCGUCAUCGUCCGCACGAAAAAAGUCGUGCGCCGACCAGACGGCCGCUUCAUUCGCUUCGACGACAACGCCGCUGUCCUCCUCAACAACAAGCGCGAGAUGCUGGGAACGCGGAUAGGUGGUGUUGUCAGUGCAGACCUGCGCAUGAAGGGGUGGGGGAAGAUUGUCAGUUUGGCACCCAAGGUACUUUAGACGCAUAUUGUCAUCUCAGCAUACUAUAGAACGCAAUGUUAUAUGCCAUAUAAUGCCAACCUUCGCAAUUGC